AAUUUUGGAGCUGGCUUAUUCCAAGUUAUUAUGGAUUUUGAGCUAAUGUGACUUAGCAGCAGGUUUGGCAACCCACUAUAAUUUUUUUUUCUUGGUCCGGAAGGCAACAAUAGCAGAUAGAUUAAGAAAUUUGAAAAUAAGAGCUGUCUAUAAUCUAAUAUUCUAUAUCCACAAAUUCAAAAGGUGAAUUCAAAGUCAAAACAACAACGACUCCUCCAUUAUAAUAAUAGACACGAUACUUACUUGCCCUUGAAAUGAUAUUUGAAAAGCUCUUCAUUUCACACUUCGCUGCUGCUCUUCUCCCUUGACACGCCAUGUUGUUGCCAUUUUCACUCUGGAAGGGACCAGAAAUAUCCGCCACAGCACAGAAGCACUCUUAUCCACCAGACUCAAGAUUGCUUGCUUCCCUUUCAGCUUUACCAUAAAUGGGUAUUUCACUUUUGUUAGUUUUUUACUCGCUAUGGUGCUGCUUCUUUAAUGCUCACCUUUCCACCUCCAUGGAUGCAAAAUGCCACUCUGCUGAUUUGAAAGCCUUGAAAAGCUUCGUCAAUGGCCUUUACUCUCCAGUUCAAGGUUGGGACUUUGGCUCUUCUAAUUGUUGCAAAUGGAAAGGAGUAACCUGCGAUCCACCAGCGUCCGGCUUCAACGAUUCCAGUGUCUUCUCCAGAGUUGUGGCUUUGGAACUUCCCGGCGAGAGGUUGAGGGGAAAUGUUUCAGAGUCUUUGGCAUAUUUGGUUCAGCUCAGAACUCUCAACUUGUCAGCCAACUUUCUCACUAGUUCUCUUCCGGCGAAUCUCUUCCUGUUGCAGAAUUUACAGGUCGUUGACUUGAGUUCCAACGAUCUCUCUGGAUAUGCCCCAUUAAAUAUCAUUUCAUCUUCCAUUACGUUUAUAGACAUUUCUAGGAACAAACUUACUGGAGAUGUUGAUCCUGGGUUCUGCAAAACUGCAAAACGAAUUCAAGUAUUGAAUCUAUCUUCAAACAGAUUUGAUGGGAAAAUUCUACCAGGUUUUGGGAAUUGCUCUUCCUUGGAGCACCUCUCUCUGGCUUCCAACUUCUUCUCUGGGAAUUUGCCUCCAGAUCUGUUUGCAUUGUGGAAGCUCAAAACUCUUGACCUUCGGGAUAAUGGGUUUUCUGGGGAGUUGAGUUUUCAACUUGGGAAUCUCUCAAAUCUCGUCUACUUGGAUAUUUCUUCAAACCAAUUCUCGAGUUGGCUUCCCGAUGACUUCUUCAACCUCCCAAUGCUCGAGCAAUUCGCUGCAUCAUCGAAUAACUUCACAGGUGUUUUGCCAGUUUCUUUGUGCAAUUCACCAACCAUUUCAUCGCUUAGCCUUGACAAUAAUUCCCUCAGUGGCUCAAUCGAUGUUAUUAAUUGUUCCGCCAUGGUUCGUUUGACUUCUCUGAAUCUUGGUUCUAAUCAUUUCGUAGGGCAUAUUGGAAGUCUCUCAUCUUGCCACAAACUUCGAAUUGCAAAUCUUGGCAAAAACCGAUUCGAAGGUGAUUUCCCAGAAAGCUUCAAGAACCUCAAAUCACUUUCCCAUUUCUCGAUCUCAAGAAAUAGCUUCCGUAAUCUAUCGUCAGCAUUGACAACACUACAACAUUGUAGGAACUUGACUGUGUUGAUUCUGACAUUCAAUUUUCAUGGAGAGAUAAUGCCCGCCAAUUCCAACUUCAGAUUCGAGAACGUGAGGCUGUUUGUGAUUGCUAACUGUGGGCUUACCGGUUCAAUGCCGCCAUGGCUGAGCAGCAGCUCGAAGCUGCAGAUCCUGGACCUGUCAUGGAACGCAUUGAGUGGAGAAAUUCCGUCUUCAAUUGGUGAAUUUCGAUACCUCUUCUACUUGGAUUUCUCAAACAACUCGUUAUCCGGAUCAAUCCCUACCAGCAUCACCCAAUUCCAGAGCCUCGUCAAUCUCAACAACUCGUUAAAGGGGGAAAUAUUCGAAGGGUUCUCGUUUUUCAUCAAAAAGAGCCAAUCCUCAGGACGACAAUACAAGCAGCUUUUAGGGUUUCCACCAUUGCUGGACCUCAGCCACAACGAAUUGAGCGGAAUCAUUUUGCCGGAGUUUGGGAAUCUGAAAGACCUCCAUGUAUUAGACCUAAGCAACAACAAAUUAUCAGGAAAAAUUCCAAGCACUCUAUCCAAAUUGACGGAUUUGGAAAGCUUGGAUCUAUCCUACAACAAUCUAACAGGAACGAUUCCACCUUCACUGGUGAAUCUCCACUUCCUCUCAUCGUUUAACGUUGCUCACAAUCACCUGCAGGGGCGCAUCCCUUCCGAAGGGCAGUUCCAUACGUUUCCGGAUUCGAGUUUUGCGGGAAACGCUGAACUCUGUGGAUUUCAAACAUUUUCUUGUGAGGAAGAAACUGAAUCCACGGACGAAGGGAACUCAGGGAGUGUAGAUAGCGAGGAAAGCUUGGGGUCUCUUAUAAGAGUGCCAUUGGGCGUCGGAGGAGCCGUCGGAUUCGUUUCGACGGUCGCCGUUUGCCUCUUCUCCGGAAUGGUGUUUCCGAAGGAGAAGUGGAAACUCCGAUGACAUCCUCUAAAGCAGAGAAGAUUCAUGGCAAUUUUGGAGUUGCUCGGCUCCUUAGAUCGAGAGUUCAUCACAAUAGUGAUGGUACUAAUAAUCUUGACCCUUUUUUCUAUAACAAAAAUUUAAUUUACCUCGAGGAUCUACGUCGAAAAGUGAAUGCACUUCGUAAUCAUUUAUAAUAGACAUGAGCUACUUCUCUUCUUGCCAA